CAUAAAAUAAAGGUUUGGGCAAGAAGCAUCAGCAAAAGUAAACAAUGCUAUUUUAUGUAGGGUUGAGAUAUAGCAUGAAUAAUAAAAAAAUCACUUGUUUUGGCAUAAACAAUGUGUUUGGUAUUAUCUACUUUUUAUUUUUUUACACUAUAAAAUAAGUAUAAACUUACAUAUUCUCAUUCAUCUUUCCAAAUAAUAAGGCUUUUCUUUAAAAUUAUUGUGUCACAAAUUACUAGUCUUUUUGCAUGAUAUCUUUAUCAAGAAAAAAGCCACAUGAUUUUUUUGUGUGUGUUUAGUAUCUAUUUAGCAUCAUAAUAAAAAUCUUUUCUUUUUGCAGGCUUGAAGACUAUAGUAGGAGCCCUGAUUCAGUCUGUGAAGAAGCUCUCGGAUGUGAUGAUCCUGACUGUGUUUUGUCUGAGUGUAUUUGCACUGAUAGGGCUGCAGCUGUUCAUGGGCAACCUGAGGAAUAAAUGCCUGCAGUGGCCUCCAGACAAUUCUACUUUUGAAACAACUGUUAUUUCCAUCUUUAAUAGCUCUAUAGGUGAAAAUGGUACAUUUAUUAAUGCAACAAUGACAACAUUUAACUGGGAUGAAUACAUCGAAGACAAAAGUCAUUUCUACUUCUUGGAAGGACAAAAUGAUGCACUGCUGUGUGGCAAUAGCUCAGAUGCAGGUCAAUGCCCAGAAGGAUAUAUAUGUGUGAAAGCUGGUAGAAACCCCAACUAUGGCUACACAAGUUUUGAUACAUUCAGUUGGGCAUUCUUGUCACUGUUUCGAUUGAUGACUCAGGACUUUUGGGAGAAUCUUUACCAGCUGACACUGCGUGCUGCUGGGAAGACAUACAUGAUAUUUUUUGUUCUGGUGAUUUUCCUGGGUUCUUUCUAUCUAAUUAACUUGAUCCUGGCUGUGGUUGCCAUGGCCUAUGAAGAACAGAACCAAGCAACAAUGGAAGAAGCAGAGCAGAAAGAGGCAGAAUUUCAGCAAAUGCUGGAACAACUGAAAAAGCAACAGGAAGAAGCUCAGGCGGCGGCAGCAGCUGCAGCAGCUGACUCAAGAGAUUAUAGUGGAGUAGGUGGAAUAGGUGGAUUCUCCGAAAGUUCUUCUGAGGCAUCAAAACUGAGCUCAAAGAGUGCUAAAGAGAGAAGGAAUAGAAGAAAGAAAAAAAAGCAAAAAGAACAAUCUGAAGGCGAGGAGAAGGAUGGGGAAGAAUUUCACAAAUCGGCAUCAGAGGACAGCAUCAAAAAGAAAGGCUUCCGAUUUUCCAUUGAGGGGAAUAGACUGACAUACGAAAAGAGAUUCUCUUCCCCACACCAGUCUUUGCUGAGCAUUCGUGGCUCCCUGUUUUCCCCAAGGCGCAACAGCAGAACAAGUCUUUUCAGCUUCAGAGGUCGAGCAAAGGAUGUAGGAUCAGAAAAUGACUUUGCUGAUGAUGAGCACAGCACUUUUGAAGACAACGAGAGCAGAAGAGAUUCUCUCUUUGUCCCUCAUAGACACGGUGAACGGCGCAACAGUAACAUUAGCCAGGCCAGUAGGUCAUCCAGAACAAUUCCUGCACUUCCAGCAAACGGGAAGAUGCACAGCACUGUGGAUUGCAAUGGAGUGGUGUCUUUAGUUGGUGGGCCGCCAGCUUUGACAUCGCCUACGGGACAGCUUCUGCCAGAGGUGAUGAUUGAUAAAGCAGCCACUGCUAGCAACGGCACUACUACAGAAACUGACUUAAGAAAGAGACAUUCUAGUUCUUACCAUGUUCCUAUGGACUACCUAACAGACCCUAGUGCAAGGCAAAGAGCAAUGAGUAUAGCCAGCAUGCUUACAAACACAAUGGAAGAACUGGAAGAAUCCAGACAGAAAUGUCCACCAUGCUGGUAUAAAUUUGCUAACACUUGCUUGAUUUGGGACUGCUGUACUCCCUGGCUGAAAGUCAAACAUAUAGUAAAUUUGAUUGUGAUGGACCCAUUUGUUGAUCUGGCCAUUACCAUCUGCAUCGUCCUGAACACCCUGUUCAUGGCCAUGGAGCACUACCCAAUGACAGAACAGUUUAGUGGGGUGCUUUCAGUAGGAAACCUUGUGUUUACUGGAAUUUUCACAGCAGAAAUGUUUCUCAAGAUAAUUGCCAUGGAUCCUUAUUAUUAUUUCCAAGAGGGCUGGAAUAUUUUUGAUGGUUUUAUUGUGAGUCUUAGUUUAAUGGAACUUGGCCUUGCAAACGUAGAAGGAUUAUCUGUCCUUCGGUCAUUCCGAUUGCUUCGAGUUUUCAAACUGGCAAAAUCUUGGCCAACUCUAAAUAUGCUGAUUAAGAUUAUUGGCAACUCAGUGGGGGCUCUGGGGAAUCUGACCCUGGUGCUGGCCAUCAUCGUGUUCAUUUUCGCUGUGGUUGGGAUGCAGCUCUUUGGGAAAAACUACAAGGAAUGCGUCUGCAAAAUUGCAAGUGACUGUGUGCUCCCUCGCUGGCACAUGCACGACUUUUUCCACUCCUUCCUGAUUGUAUUCCGAGUGCUGUGUGGAGAAUGGAUAGAAACCAUGUGGGACUGCAUGGAGGUUGCUGGCCAAGCCAUGUGCCUUAUUGUUUUCAUGAUGGUCAUGGUCAUUGGAAACCUAGUGGUACUCAACCUAUUUCUGGCCUUGCUGCUGAGCUCAUUUAGUUCAGACAACCUUGCUGCUACUGAUGACGACAAUGAAAUGAACAAUCUCCAGAUUGCUGUAGCAAGGAUUCAGAAAGGCAUAGAUUAUGUGAAGAGAAAAGUGCGUGAAUUCAUCCAAAAAGCCUUUGUUAGAAAACAGAAAGCUUUAGAUGAAAUCAAACCUCUUGAAGACCUGAACAAUAAAAAAGACAGCUGUAUUUCCAACCAUACAAUAGUAGAUAUAGGUAAAAACCUUGCCUAUCUCAAAGACGGGAAUGGAACUACCAGUGGCAUAGGCAGCAGUGUAGAAAAAUAUGUUGUUGAUGAAAGUGAUUACAUGUCAUUCAUAAACAACCCAAGUCUCACCGUGACAGUGCCCAUUGCUGUUGGAGAAUCAGAUUUUGAAAAUUUAAACACAGAGGAGUUCAGCAGUGAAUCAGACCUGGAAGAAAGCAAAGAGAAAUUGAAUGCAUCCAGUUCAUCAGAAGGCAGCACAGUUGAUAUUGGACUACCUCCAGAAGGUGAACAGCCAGAAGCAGAACCAGAAGAAGUUCUAGAACCAGAAGCUUGUUUCACAGAAGGUUGUGUACGGAGAUUCAAAUGCUGUCAAGUCAGUGUAGAAGAAGGAAAGGGGAAAAUCUGGUGGAAUCUUAGGAAAACCUGCUAUAAGAUUGUUGAACAUAACUGGUUUGAGACCUUCAUAGUCUUCAUGAUUCUUCUCAGCAGUGGUGCUCUGGCAUUUGAAGAUAUCUACAUAGAACAACGUAAAACUAUCAAGACCAUGCUGGAAUAUGCUGACAAAGUUUUCACCUAUAUCUUCAUUCUGGAAAUGCUUUUAAAAUGGGUUGCUUAUGGCUUUCAAACCUAUUUCACUAAUGCAUGGUGCUGGCUGGACUUCCUGAUUGUUGAUGUCUCUUUGGUUAGCUUAACAGCUAAUGCCUUGGGCUACUCAGAACUUGGUGCGAUUAAAUCCCUUAGGACACUAAGAGCUUUGAGACCUCUAAGAGCCUUGUCGCGAUUUGAAGGGAUGAGGGUUGUGGUGAAUGCCCUGUUAGGAGCAAUUCCAUCUAUUAUGAAUGUGCUUCUUGUUUGCCUUAUAUUCUGGCUGAUAUUUAGUAUCAUGGGAGUAAAUCUAUUUGCUGGAAAGUUUUACUACUGUGUUAACACUACAACUGAUGAGAGAUUUGAUAUCAGCCAAAUUAACAACUUUAGUCAAUGUGAGGAGCUCAUACAAAACAAUGAAACUGCCCGGUGGAAGAACGUGAAGGUUAACUUUGACAACGUAGGCCUUGGUUACCUUUCUCUGCUCCAAGUGGCUACAUUUAAAGGAUGGAUGGAUAUCAUGUACGCAGCUGUGGAUUCUCGGAAUGUUUUGGAUCAGCCCAAGUAUGAAGAUAACCUGUACAUGUAUCUUUACUUUGUCAUCUUUAUCAUCUUUGGAUCCUUUUUUACCUUAAACCUUUUUAUUGGUGUCAUCAUAGACAAUUUCAACCAGCAGAAAAAGAAGUUUGGAGGUCAAGACAUUUUCAUGACAGAAGAACAGAAGAAAUACUACAAUGCAAUGAAAAAAUUGGGUUCCAAGAAACCACAAAAGCCUAUACCUCGACCAGCAAACAAAUUCCAAGGCAUGGUCUUUGAUUUUGUAACAAAACAAGCAUUUGAUAUCAGUAUCAUGAUACUCAUCUGCCUUAACAUGGUCACAAUGAUGGUAGAAACAGAUGACCAGAGUGAAGAAAUGGAAAACAUUUUAUAUUGGAUUAACCUGGUGUUUAUUGUACUUUUCACUGGAGAAUUUGUCCUGAAAUUGAUUUCACUUCGUCAUUACUACUUUACUAUAGGUUGGAAUAUUUUUGAUUUUGUGGUUGUCAUUCUCUCCAUAGUAGGUAAGAGCAACUCAUUUUUAUGA